AUGGAGAAGGCAGUGCAUUUGUCAACAAAAGCUGGACCAGAGGUUCCAGGAGAGCCAACGAAGAUGUCAACCUCCAUGGUUGACUCAGCUGCUGCUGCUGUACAAAGCUUCACUCCUAUUAACCAAAUCCACCAACAUCUCUGCGCGUUCCAUUUUUAUGCAUAUGAUAUGACACGACAAGUGGAGGCACAUCAUUUCUGCGGACACAUCAACGAGGACAUGCGUCAGUGUCUGAUCUACGACGGUCCUGAAGCCAACGCUCGUCUGAUCGGUUUGGAGUACAUAGUGACAGAGAAGCUUUUCAUGACGUUGCCUGAUGAUGAGAAGAAGCUUUGGCACACUCACGAGUGGGAAGUCAAAGGAGGGUUCCUGUUCAUGCCCGGUGUUCCCGAAACAAUCCAACGCCAAGAUCUCGAGAAAGUUGCCAAAACGUAUGGAAAAGUUUACCAUUUCUGGCAAGUUGAUUUGGGGCAUGAGCUCCCCAUUGGUUUGCCUAAUAUUAUGAUGGCUGUUACUCGUGACGGUCAACUUUACCCCGAGAUGGUCAAAGAGACGGAGAAGAAGUUUGGGGUGUCGAUAGAGAAAGAGAGAGAGUCAAGGGCUUAUAUGACUGGACCAGACCAUGGGAUACAUCCGUUGGCGAAUGGAGGAGGCAAAGGGCUGAAGUUGGAGGUGCGUGAGGUCGACCUCAAGCCAGUAGAGUCUGUUCCGAGAGUCUUUGUCUAA